AUGAGCUUUUUUUCGUCUGAAAUUGCAAGUGGGCGACCACAGACCCAGCCCCAAUCUCAAACGCCACAUGAUUCCACGCCCCUAUUAGAGCUCUUUUUGCAACAUGAAUCAAACAUCAAUGAUCACCUUGAACUUUGCGCCAAAGUUCGUGGUCAGACACCGCAGUCGACCAUUUCGUUCUUCGCCAUAUCUUCUAUGAUUAAUCAGAGCCAGCGAUUCAUGGAAGAAAUCAAGAAAAUUAAGGAAGAAUUUCUUCUCCACAAUACGGCAAGACCAGUAAGAAGGUCGAAGAGUUCGAGACAGCCUAGUGCCACAAUAAAUGGCACAGUGAAUGGCAUGAAAGCAAAUACUUCAUCUAUGAAUGGAGAAAAAGCACAAAAAUCAAUACCCAACAGAGAUGAGUCCUUAACUGCUGCCACUCAGGGACCCCCAAGGCGCAGAAAACGUUCAAGAAAUUCGGGCGACUCUUUAGUCUCCGGAAGUAACACUGUUGAAGAAAGAACGGACUUUAAGAGGCCAAAGGGUUUGUUAGGCGGUCCUUCUGCACGGGAAGGUGCUCCUGAAGAACCAGAAGGCGUACCUUCCAUCGAGCUUGAAGAUAUAUCCACUGAAGUCGAAGCUCGGCUAAAGCUCAGGGAGGAAACUCGGCGGAAGAAGCUAGAGAAGCAUCGAAAGAGAAAAAGGGAAAGCAUUGAAUCGGCGGGUGGUGGAGCCAAAGCAAAGAAAGUGAAAAAUAGCUGA